CUGAGAUAAAGCAGGAUCGUGUCCCAGGGUUCUUAUACAUUUCCAGCAGCCUUUCAACCUAAGAAAACAAUAGGCUUAACUCCUUCUCCCAAACAUCCUGGCAAUUAGCACAGAGUAAUUUAUCCAUUAAACAGUUCAGAUACAGAUUACCACAACCUGCAAAGAGACACAUAGACAAUAAUACUAUUUCACUCAAGUAUCAUCUUAAAUGCUAAUAUUCCUUUUUUGAUCUUUGAAUUAAAACUAUAGCAAUAGACAAGACUUGUUUGCUUACAUCACAAGACCUGAGCAAACAUCUACCCUUGAGAUCUCUAACAAUGCAGACUUGCAUUUCAAAGCUCUAUUCAUUUACAUAUCUUGCUAACCAGUCCUUAAGGUUCACCCAUGGGUCAGGUCAGGCGGUGAGGUAAGUUAAUUAACUCUUUCUGGCCCUGUCUUCUUUCAAUGAGAUAUUAUAUUAUACUCAUAACGUCACAGGUUGUGCUCCAGAAUUGGAGCUGCCCCCUAACGAACAGCUCUAGCCCCAUGGCAUGGGAAAACCUCCCAGACGGGCCCCCAGUAACUGGGGCAGGAGGCCUGCCUGAGUCUGCAGAGAGCCUGAAGUAGGAGGGUGGAGGGGAAUGGCGGCUCUCGGCAGUGCAGAUGGCUGGCAGACCUGGCAGGUUUUUGCUGGAAGCUGGGGGCAGGCUGCCGCCGUGGGAGGCUCGUCUGAGGCCUGCAUGGACAGGUGAAAGGGAUCCUGGCAGCUCAGUGUGCAGGGCAUUCCCAGGGCUGGCUGCUCUGUGGAUGGGGUGGGUGGUGAAGAGCCGGCAGGAGGAAGGGGCUGACCCUUCCCCCCCGCCCCCGCUUGCAGGGCUCCUAUAAGUGCAGCAAUUAGCGGCUCUGGCUCCUGAGCAGCCACUAAUGGAGCUCCUGGCAGGGGCCCAAGGCCCUGCUGCUGGGUGGGGGCAGGGCAGGAGAGUGCUUCUCCUGGCAGGUGCUAUCUGGGCUGGUUCUCCCUCUGCCCCACUUGGCAGAGUUCUUCUGAGAGGCCAUCUUGUUGCUGCCCACCCGUUAUCCCCUUCCCCUGGUGCGCCGCCAUUCCCCAGGCCACACGGUAACAGCUCUCUGCCUCUGCCCCAUGGGGGUUUAGACAAGGGGCCUCUCACCCUAGGCGGGAGCACGGCCACCCCAUACCAGCCUCACCACCCAGAGCUGGGUACGGUUGGAUUUGUGCUGGUGCAGUGACGCACAGUCCCUACUCCUCUGUGUGCCCUUUGCCACCUGCUCUCCAGCCAGAGCUGCCUUCCCCUCCUGCAUAGAGUCAGAACCCCUGUCACCCCCAUGUUUGCCUUUAUGAACAAAACCUCCCAACCAGAGAACAGCUCAGCCCGUCUGCCCAGGCUGGGCUGCUCCAGGGCUCCUCUCUCCAGUCUACUCAGCCCGCACCCUAGAUCCUCUCUCCCCAGGGAGCCACUGCCCCAGCCCUGACACCCAGUAGGGUAAUGACCCUGCCUGGAGGAGUCACCAGCACCCACUUUCAUGGCUGACAAGUGGGGCUCAGGAAUGCCAGUGCCAGCCUCACAAGGGCCUGCAGCCUCCUGCCCCAUCGGGCACUGGCUCCCAGAAAGGCUCAUUAGUGAUGUGCCUGCCUCUCUGGCUCAGCCGGGUCCCAGUGGAGCUGGGCAGUAAGUGCAGAAAGCUCAUGUGGGAAGGUCUUAAUGUCUGCGCGAGGGAAAGGCACUUGCUGGGCCUGAGAUGGAGGCGGGGGCAGGAGGGGCGGUGGUUUCUGUUUCCUCAGACUGGAGCCUGAGCUGCCUCUGCCCAAGAAGCAGACAAGAAGAUGCUGCACAGACUCCUGCUGGGUGGCCUCCUCUGCACCACACUUCCUACCAGCUCCCUUGGCACAGCCUCAGCCCAUAACCUGCACCUCUGCGAGGGAUAUCCCAGCCCUGAUGGGCGCUACCACUCCGGCUUCUACUGCCCACGCCUCACUGACCCCCCUGCACACAGGUACUGCUGCCACCACGGAGACCACACCCUCAAAUCCUGCUGUCCCCAGCUGGACUUUGAGAGCCUGAGGAGGGUCAAUCUGUCCAAUGUGCCCACCCCAGCCAGACUCAGGAACCCACUGCCCCUGCUGGCUGUGGGGCUCUACGGCCUCCUCGUCCUCACGCUCAUGACCCUCGACUUCCUCCACUUCUGCAGACUCAACCAGUGCCGUGUCUACAGCCUCCUGAGCAGCAGCCGCCUGGGCAAGCGCCUGGCCAACUCCUUCCCACACCGCUGCCCACGGCCCGGCCUGGCGCGAGGAGGGACCCAGCGGCAGGUGCUGGCUGUGACCACGGCCCGGCCCAGCCAGGACAGCAAGUGUGAAGAGCAGGCACCGCAGUGACUGGGGGUGAUACUUGGGGCAGAGGGCAUGUCAGCUGUAGGUAUUACGGGGCAUCGUUAGCAGAGCCUGGCGCGCUGCCACUGCGAUAAAGCGAGCCCACACCUCAGCCCCGCACUGUUUGGCCUGGCCUGGCCCGGCCCUUAUAAAGUGCCUAAGCUGCUUGACAGGCCAAGCCCUGUCCCCGAGUGCUCUGUCUGGGAUGUGACCUCUGGAGAGAGAGGAACCCUGGGGUGUGGGUAGGGGGGUGGAGUCGCAUGAUGACACAAGCUGGGCAGGGCUGGGGUCUCCUGGCCCUUGCCCUCUUCAUCCUGCCCAUGGCUCAUCUGUGCUCAGGGUCCCUGGGGCUGCCUGCAGCUCCUCGUUCACUGGAUGCACUCGUCAAUUCCCUUUUAGUGCUGGUUGUGCCUUGAUCCCCACCCUGGGCACGAGGGCUGCGGUUAGGGUCCUUGCUCCUCCGUGGCCAGCCCAGCUGCUGUGCACCUGUUCAAGGGAGCAUGGGAGGGUCCACAGGGUUAUGUGUGAUGGGCAUCAGCAUGGGGGUGCACGUGUGGGUGUGGGGUGUGCAUGUGUCGGGUAUGAGUGUGGGGUGCACGUAUGGGUUGUGGACAUGGGGGUGUGCAUGUGUGGGUGUGGGGUGU